GGCUCAUAUAUUGAGACUUUUCAAAAUUAGCUUUUUUAUCCCAAAAUUCUCUUCCAAGCCUCUUAUAACCAAACACUUCCAAUUAGCUUUUUCUAAAAGUCAAAUCUCUAAUUCACUCCAAAAAGCUAUUUUCUCUCAAACUUCUCCUAACCAAACACCCCCUAUGUAAAUCACUAAAUCCUAAGGUCUGUAUGAAUUCUAGUUUUCCCUGACUUAGAUAUGGCACAUGUGUUAUGUCAUUUCAAGAUAUGUUGUCCCCUACUCUCCACUUUCCCCUGGUUUGUUGCUCUUUUCCCUUUUAAUUUUGCCCAAUUAUUGCUGAAGUCCUCAAGCUUUAUAAAUCAUGGUGGCUUUCGCAGAUGCUGCUCAUGUGAAAGAAAAGGGCAAUGAAUAUUUCAAAAACAAGAAAUUUGAUGAUAAAAUGCUUACUCCAGAAGCAUUUCUCUGUCACGCAAUGCUUUCGCAUAUGCAAACAAGGCAAUGGCAUACCUCAAGGUCGGUAGAUACCAUGAGGCCGAGGAUGACUGUACUGAAGCCUUGAACUUAGAUGGUGAGUAUGUUAAAGUAUAUGGACGCAGAGCAAUAGCCAGAAAAGAACUUGGUAAUCUUGAAGGAUCCAUGCAGGAUAUAGAGGUUUCCUUGAAGUUAGAGCCAAAGAACAAAGAAAUGAAGAAGCAACAUGAUGAAAUCAAGUCCUUGCUUGAGAAGGAUUCCUGUAUGGGGACAUGAGAAUGGUCAUGGAGGUUCUUCUUGAGGUGUGCAUAUGGUGUCUAAGGUACCCUAGUUGAUUUCUGUGGCGAAAGAGGUGCAACGUAGCGGCUUUAUGUUGCUUCCACUUCUCUUUUGAAAAGAAACCCUGUUCAGCUUAAUCCUUUAGCUUAUCUAAUGUGCCUCUCAAUAUCUGUUUGAGUUGUUGUCAGUCCAGUUAAUAUAAUGUUACAACUUAGACUAGCAUGGUGAUGACUUGCAUAUUUCGAGAGUGCAACAGUUUUCAGCUAAUAUGGUUGCAUAACUAGAACUCGUGUAUGGAUUGUUAGUAUCUCAAAAGCUGAAAUUACCACUUCGCCAGCUUAAAGCUGUCAUCUAAUGUUUGCUAUUCUGUUCUUCUCAUCCAUUACGUUCUGUUUCCUUCAUCUCGGCUGGGCAGAUGCUGCUCGAAUGCUUAAUCUUGGUCUUUGAAAUUGACUUUAUUGCUAUUUAGCUGGUUGUUAGUAGCAUGUGGUUUUUCUCUCUCAA